AUGUCUCCUAAUCAUACUGUGCUUGUGACUGGAGUUAAUGGCUUCAUUGGAUCUCAUGUUGCAGACCAAUUCUUGGCUGCAGGGUAUGACGUGAGAGGGACAACAAGAACAAUUAAGAGGGGACAGACUAUCAAGAAGGUACUGGAUGAGAAACAUGGAGCUGGAAGGGUAGAGAUUGUAGCUGUGCCGGACAUCUCAAUCGAUGGCGCAUUUGAUGAAGCUGUGAAAGGAGUCCAUGCUGUCGCUCAUGUAGCAUUAAUUCUGACUUUCGACAAAGAUGCCAGUAAAGUCAUCCCACCCACCGUUGCUGCCACCACCAGUAUUCUCGAGUCAUGCCUCAAAGAAAAAUCUGUAGCAAGCUUUGUGUAUACCUCAUCCUCAGCCGCAACAUGUCGCGCAAUGGCCAACGUCAAAAGACGCAUCGACUCCAAUUCCUGGAACGAGCAAGACAUCAAGGAAGCAUGGAAGCCAGAAUCGGAAUGGCAAGAAGGCCAGCAAUGGGUCGUUUACGGAGCCAGUAAAGCAGAGGCUGAGAAGGCGCUGUGGAAAUUUAGGGAUGAAAAGAAGCCCCAUUUUACCAUCAAUGCUGUGCUUCCCGACACCAAUUUCGGACCGGUCAUGUUGAAAGAGGAGGUCAGGUCCACAGCGAAUUUCCUCAAAAUGGCAUGUGAUGGGAUGGUCUUACCUCUACAGGGUGUCGCUCCUCAAUAUUGGGUAGAUGUCCGAGAUACAGCGAGAUUGCACGUCGCAGCAGUCAAGUACCCAGACGUGAACGGACGCCGUAUUUUCGGAUGGGUGAAACCCUAUAAUUGGAACCAGGUGUUGAAAGUGUUGAGAAAGAUUCGACCUGGCCAUAAGUUUCCUGACGAUAUUCCGGACCCAGGGCUGGAUCUGACUGAAAUCGAUGUUACGGAAGAUGAGAAGUUGCUCGCAAGGCUCAAAGGGACUGGAUGGACACCGUUCAACGAGUGCUUAGAUGCGUCGUUGAAGAGUUAUGGGUAUUGAUGAAAGGGCCUUGUGAGAAACGGUCGUUGCAAUCCCAGUUGGUGUAACGUCGCUAAAUCUAAGCAAAGCAAGCCACAUAUUAUGACUAAACUAGAAGCAGAACAUCAUUAGAUCCAGAAUAUCAGUCAAAAUCCUGCAGACGGCUAAUCACGACCUGCUUGAAAUUUUAAACUCCUCUUGACAAGCUCUCAAAUUACACGGCCUUACUAGUCGAGUAAAAGGGAAACUUAGUAAGUUUUACCAAACAGUGCAGUAUAGAACGAGCUUGCAGCAACA